UUCACCAAGCUAACCAAUCCUACCAACGAGAAAAUGCGUUCCUUCAUCCUGAUUGCCCUCUUCGCCCUGAUUGCAGUGGCUGCUGCCCAAGGAGGACCACGAGGUGGACCACGAGGAGGACAGCAAGGUGGACCACAAGGUGGACCACAAGGUGGACCACAAGGAGGACCACAAGGUGGCCAGGGAGGACCUCAGGACUGUCAGCAGGGUGGUCAGCAAGGAGGACCCCAGGGAGGACAGCAGGGUGGUCAGCAGCAGGGAGGUCCCGGCGGUCCAUGGGGUCUGCCUCCUAAUGGAACAGUCUCCUCCAACAGCACAUCCUCAACCACUGAGGCGAGCACCACUGAGGCCAGCUCCACUGAGUCCAGCUCCACUGUGGCCAACUCCACCUCCUCAGCUUAGAAUGUAGCCAGAUCAUAAUCUUAUACCAAUUUCAAGUUUGCUGCUGUACCUUAUUCCUAAAGUUAAUUAAAGUUCUUUCAACAAAA